AUGGGCACCUCGCGGGUGCACGGCACAAACGGGAUGGCGGGAGCGCGAUGGAACGCGAUCUCUCUAGGUCCACGUAGCAUAGCCAGCAGCACGCGUGAGCCACACGGGCCGCAGCGUCGCCAUGACUUCGGCGUCCUUCACUUCAUGCUGGCAUGCGUCAUCGCCCUCCAUGCUGUCACGGCUCCGCUCCCCACCUGCAACGCUCACAGACUCCAUGCGGCAGCGCCACCCUCCAUCACGGCGGAGACGCCGGCUGCCCCCUCUUUCUUUCGCCCGAGGGACCUACCCCCCGCCGCCCCCGCAGCACCGUGGCGUACGCUCAACGAGUCGCUCUUGCCCUACCCCGUCUUCUACCCAGCCAUCGCCGUGCUGAACAACUCCAUCUUGCUGCUUGGGGGCUGCGUCACGGCAACUUGUGCCACACCCGUGUGGGCGUCAGGAACAAGGGUUGCCGCAUCGCGCCGCCGAGCAAGCGCGGCGACCUUCAUCAACUCGCCGUACCACGAGCGCUUGCUCUCCUUGAACGUUGAGAAGGGCAACAUCACCACGCUGCCGCAGCUGACGCUGCCUGCCGGGUUAGGUUUCGCUGGCCGCUAUGCAGCCGUCACGCUCACCGAUAGUGUCUACGUCGCGCGUAGCUGCACCAUGAGCACGCGAUCACCAGCCGAGGUGGCGAGCAUGACGGCAGAGGAGCUGCAGGCAAUGCAGGCAGCCUACGCGCCGGUCGUAGCGUUCUACCCGGAAGGAGCGGCGCACGCGAGCACGCGCGCCGGUGGGUCAGAUCCGCCACCGGCAGUGAACUUGACGUACUUCAAGGUGCCCGCCAAUCGCGUGCGUGUCAACGCCAGCUGCACCGCUCUCGCAACGGAAAACAAGCUGCUGAUCAUUGGCGGCUUCCUGCUCUCCGAGAAGCGUGUCACGGCCAGCGUCGACUCCUUUAAUGUCGUCACGCGCAAGUACGAAGCCGAUGUCGCCUUCCUGACCGCGCCUGUGUUGCAGCCAUCCGUAGCGACAUCGACCGGGUUCGCCGCCGUUGCGGGCGGCUGGACCUACGAGAGCGACACCACCGCCAGCACGACUCGCGAAGCUAGGGCUCUGCAAGAGGAGAGUCGAGCUCGGCGAAGCAGCCGUGUUGCCGCGAGCGGUGAGCCGCUGCAUCUAGUCCAGGAGCUGGCGACGCCGCCGGAGAAGUCAUCGGCAUCCUUCCGCUCUAGCACGCCAUCAUCACCACCGUCACACCCCGUGCCGUCAUUGGAGUCACUGCAGCCAGUGACGCGUUACUUGUUCGAUCUCUUGUUCUUCGAGCCCAACAGAGCAGUCGGCCCCGCACGCGCCUCACCACUUGGCGCGCUGCAGAGAGGAGGAAGCAUCUGCGUGUCGCCAGUGGACUCCUCUACCCUACCGCGCACAGCCGUGGAGGACAUUCUUCUCUCACACAACGGCUGCCACGUGGCGGUAUUUGGUGGCCAGGUGGUGCUGGUAGAUCACAACCUAGGACAUAUCGGGGCGCUCGAUAUACGCGCGAGGUUGACACAGGUGCUCACCGCUCGUGCCCCGUUGGUCCUGCCACCACCGCCGGUGGUGACGCUGCUUCGGACAGCGAAGCCGAACACUGCCGCACGUGCGUUCGUCGGUACCGAGAGUGCGCCAAGUCAGGCCACCCAGCUCAGUAGUCGCCACAGCGACCACGCCGCAUCGACGGCCGUGCCCACCAGCAGCGGAAGCAGCAGUGCAGCGCCUAUGACCUCCUCGACGUCAUCAUCAUCUUCGGGUACCGCCUCAUCGUCGUCUUCAGCGACGCCGCUGCCGGUGUACCGCUACUCAUGGAUGCAGCCGACCCUUAUCCCGCUUCCCUACGCCAGCCGCUCCGCCCCGGCUGCGGCGCCAGACCCGCCCGUCAUGGCGGACACGAUCCUUCUUUACUAUGCACUCGGUGGCGAGGACGUGUGGUCACAGGUGGCCACCGAGGCAGGCGACGAUGCUGCUCCUGAUCAUCUUCUGGAUCCAUUAGGCAGGGACCAUGUGGUGCCGCAGCUGCACGGCGACCUUUCAACUCCCCGUGCAACCGUCAAAGGCACGAAAGUCGUUGUCCGUCGAGAGCCAGCGCUUCGCUGGGCUCAGCGGGAGCUGCCGGACGUGCGCUACGACAGAGACCGCCCCGAGUUGCUCGCCGUGACGAUGCCGACGCCGCUGUGGCCCGACGCGCUCACCCUGCAGACCAACUCCGAGGGCAUUAUCCAUCUCGCGUUUCCAGACCUCAACUACACGCGCUACUGCAGGUGGAAUAGGCUUGUGGACAACGACGAUGACAAUGUGGUCUGCGCUGUCCGGCUCAGCAGUCGUCGCGACUGCGUCGGCAACACCGCCGGCACACUCGACAGCGCCUACGACGGCUCCCCGAACGUCACCAUCCUCUUCAGCGCCAGCGGCAGCACGACCCCGGUGUACGUAUGCUUCAGCUACGUGGUGCGGCCAACCUUGUGGCCUACGUGCCGCAUCCGGCAGUCCUUCUCCAUCUUGAAUCCGAUGAUGCCACUGCGCAUCCUCGACAACAGCCACACCACAUCUACGCCGACGCCAACACCGAGUCCUCCGACGCGCGACCCUGCUGACAACACCACCAGCUCCCCGCUUUUCAUGCUCGCCGUUGGCGUGUCUGUCGUUACACUGCUAGUGGCGGUACUCCUCGCUGCGCGGCUUCAGCAUGUGCCGGAGGAUGGGCUUCUUGUGAUGAACCUGCUCGACCGCGGCGAUGGCGCAGGUUCCCAGCACGCGAGUCUCAGAAUUCGCGGCCGCAGCUGCAGCGGCGCCGCGAGGCACAACGGGCAAGGCCGACGCAAGCGUUUUCUCCGCGCCAGCGGCGAGCCCAACAAACUCGCAGAUGUCGAGGACGACGAGAGUGGUCUGUACCCGAUUUCAACGUACGCCGAGUUCCUCCAGGUGCUUGGCAGUGCGCAGGAGGACAGUGAAGCGCGCAUGUUGGCGACGGCGGCAGAUGUGCUGCGGCUGCACCAACACCGCUAUCGUGUGCUAUCGCGGAUCGGCCAAGGGGCACAUUCUCUGUGCUUCCUUGCGCUUCGCAAGGCACCGCCGCCGCCGCCGAUACGGGUGCAGCAGCAGAAAGUAAAGGGGGCUGCCGCCGGCAUUAACCGCAGGGUACGCAUGCUGGAUGGUGCUUCGAGUCCCGUCGUGCGCUCACCCCUUUUCACGCGACCGCCGCGGUCGUUCCCAGCAGCGUCCACCACCCUCAGUACAGGCGUCCCGACCGCCGCCACUUCAUCCCUGUGGGCCGCGCGGCACGACCAGAGCACGGCCGUCGUGGUCAAGUACACGCAGUGCCCUGACGACGCCACGCGUGCCGUCAUAACACGCCUGUGCGAGCGCCUCCGCGACCUUCAAGCGGACGCUGUCACUGAGGCUUUGGGUGCGACAGGGGUGUAUAGACAGCACCGCAACAGUGCCCCGUCGCGUCACCCUCGCCGGCACCACCGCCCAUCGGACACGUCGGCGACGGUGUCCCUUGCCGCCGCUCUUCGGCCUUUAGAUGCGCCAACUCAACUCACACGCGACAUCGCCCACGAGGUGGCCAGCGGCGGUAGAAGCAAUGACGGAGGUGCUGCGGCACAGUCGCCGAAAACGGCUGCCGAGGAUGCCACGGCACCGCCUGCGAGCAGACAAGGCAGCAGUGCCAUCGUCGUCACCGCAGGAAGCCGAGCGGGAUGUCAGCCGCUGCCGCCACUGUCUUCUCCCGCGAAUGAGGCUCGCGUAAUCGACGGCGGCGACGACGAUGACGACAAGAGCUGCGCAUGGCUCGACGCUCACGAGGUGAACGUCGUCCUCUCGCUCUUCUUGCUGCUGCCGGAGGACCUGUUUGUGUCGUACGAGGUGAGCGUCCUUCAGCAGCAAAACAGCGGCAGCCAGCACGCGCACGUCGACCGCAGCGGCCGCUUGACGCCGCUGAGCGUGUCACGGGCUGCGGUGGAAUGGAAUCGCCGACACGUCUGGCCCGGCGCGAACGCCGAGCCAGCAAAGGCGUCCCAUCACCGUCAACACCAUCGAUGCACGCCGACGCUGUCAGCAGGGCAGAGCUUCCUCGCGCAGGCAACUCCGCGUGUAUGCUGGGCUGCCUGCGUGAACCCGCUCCACCCCUCCACAGUCAGGCCGUGGAGUCUUUGCCUGGUCAUGCCGUACGAGCGCAGCGGCGACCUUGCCGAGUUCAUUUUGCGUUGCCAGCAGGUGCAACUGCUUCCCGCAGACGUGACGGGCGCGAUGGACGCGAAGCGCACCAGGCUGAGCAGCGGAACCUCCGUGUCUCCUGCAUGUGUGCCACCCGUCCACUACUGCUGGACCGAGUCGCUUCUCUGCUCCAUCCUCUUCCAAGUAUGCACUGGGCUUCAGCUGCUGCACGCGCAGUCGCCGCCCAUCCUACACGGCAACAUCAAGCAGACGAACGUGCUGUUGCGGGAGCCGGCCUCCUUCUCGGUGGCACGACGGCGCGUGGUCGUCGCUGGAACGCCGGCGGCACUGGCAGAGAUGAAGACGGGCGUGAGCGACGGACUCGAGAACGCUAGCGGCGAUCUAGACAUGGCCACUGCCGUGACGCGCGUGGCUAGAGCGCAGCAGGCAAGAGAGGGAGAAGGUGGCCGGCGGGACAGUCGCCUCGAAGCCAACAUUGCCGCUGCCGCACGACCGCUAUCGGCGCAUACGUCUUUCUGGCGGGCGAGCAGCUUGGUAGCUGCUGCCACCGCUGUCUGGCAAGCUGGUUCGCCGGCCUUGCCCUCCCCGCUAUCCAUCGGAUCACCGCCUUCUCUGUUCCGUGCUGGCGCUGCAGCGUCACCAUCCACUGCGGUUUUUUCGCACAAUGCCCUGCAGGAAGGGCAACCACAACUACAGCCACACGAAGACGAACAGCUGUGGCCGCAGGAGCGUGCACGGCGCCUGCUCAGCACGCACACCUACCUGCCCAUCAGCCUCACAGACGGCGGCAUGUCGUGGUGGUUGACGGUGCAACUGCCGCUGCGGCUGCGCGGCUGCUUUGGGAGCACGAUCCGCUCCACUCUUCGACAGACCCCCGCUGGGCUCUGCUGGCUGCGCCGGCUUGACUCGCCCCCGUCGUCGCUGCCGCCCAUCACGGUGAAGAGCAGCAUCAUCCCGUCCGACGGCUGCAUGGCGGCGCUGGCUCACUUCUUGUUCACCUUUAUCGAUGUGCCCACGCACGUCGCACCGGAGUUGCUCUGGGGGCGGCUCUGCACGCUCUCGCAGUAUGACCACAGUGAUGAAGAAGGCGGUGCUGCCGCCAGUCUCGCCGUGCCCGGCACGUCGCUGGCGCAGUCAUCUUCGUCGCUCUACUCCACUCGAAACCGGCGAGAGCCGUACGCGGUGUCCUUUCGCCGCGACGGCCGUCGACGCGGCGAUGUCGCGCGCGAGCCCACCGCCCGAGAGGCGGUGGGCUCAGCCAACCCUUUGCGUGCGACUGCUAAUGACGAGCUGGGAACGAACUCGGCAGGGGACAAUCAAGCCCUCGGUGCGCUUCCUCAGCAGCAUCCACAGCCACAGCGGCAGGACGACCCGUGCGCGGACGAAGACAUGGACGAUCGAGACGUGGAGUUCGACAUCGAUGAGGACGGUAUCUUCACCCGCGAGGAAGUGAAUGCGCUGACCUCCGCCAUGUGGAAGGCGGAAGGGCUCACCCGUGUGCCGCGCAGCCGCCGCCGCUACCACCACGCUCUCCCUCAGCAGCGUACCUCCGCGGUGGCGAUGGGCCCCUUGCUACCAGGAGCUCUCGCUACCUCCACUGCCACGCCGGGCCGAGGCUCCGUGCCAGACGUGACUCUGCAGCCGCUGCUGAACCCCACCGGGGAGGCAGGUGGCCGUCGGGGUUUGGGCAGUGAUAUUCGUGGACUGCCGUCGAGCUUCUCUGACGCACCUCUGUUUGUGAGCCCUACCACGGCCGCGGCAGGCCUGUCGUCUACAUCGUCUCCGCAGUCGACGUCGCAGACGCUGCACCAUCGCCACAAUGAUGUGGAUCGCCAACUCUGUGGCAACAGCAACAACGGUGGUCGGCGGAUGGCCGGGGGGGGAGGAGGCUCAGUCGGUGGAGAAGGUAGCCGCAGCAGCUCGAGCGUGUACGAGGUGCUCAUCCAACGGGUGCUGGCGAUGGACACGGCGAGUGACAUCUGGAGCCUCGGCAUGCUGCUCUACGGCAUGUGCGCCGACGCUGUGGAUGCGCAUCCGCAGCAGCAAACACCCGCUUCCACACCGACCUCUACGCUGAACCCGCCACAUGCGACUGCAGCCGGCAGCUCUCGUGUCCACGCGCACAAGGACGUCGCUGACACGCUGCCUCCUGCAAUGCCAGCGUGCACAUGUACGUCGCGGCUUGCCCAGCGCGCGUUUGCGGCACUCCUCGGCGACCUCUACGACCUUGCGGUAACAGGAGUGCCGAGUGGCGACCGUGGCAACAGCGGAUGGAGUUGCGAUCGCAGCGCGGGUCUGCGGUUUGUUGGCGGCGACGAGGUCGAUGGCGUGGAUGUGGAGCAGCUAGACGAAGAUGCCGAUGACCGCCUCCGCUGGCCCCGCUCGUGUGCGCUGGAGGAUGAGGUCAUGCAGGUCAUCUGCGAGGCGGGCUACACACACGCUUUGGCGUCCGUCCUUGCGAGCAUGCUAUCACCCGUAGCGGCACGCCGUUCAAGCGCUGGCGACAUCGUGAACCAGUUACGUCUCGUGACCACAGCCGCCCCUGCCACCGUCGCAUCCAACAUCAUGCGCGGUGGUGGAAGCGGCCUUGCGGAUGCGGGUCACGAGUACAGUGUCGCCCAGCAAAGUCAGCUUCCGCGCACCCGGCACGGCGGUGGCGCAAGUGAUGCCACGUCAUCCGUCAUGCUGCACGAGCAGACGGCACGCAUGGCGCUUUGUCAGCGAUGA